GAGGAAAAAAAAACCUACAAAAAGAUUUUCCCCGGUACGGAAUUAUCAAUAAAGAAAUACCCUUCGGAUUUUUUUGGACAUUUUGUGCCUUUUUUUUGGUUCGUCUAUGGAUGCUAACUCGACAGCGACAAGGUUCGGAGAAGACGACGAGAUCGAACUCGAGCUCUGUCUCUCCCUCGGAGGCUCCGUCAGAAAAACGGAGAACCCCAAACCGAUCGAGACCGAAAAAUCCGCCGGAUACGGAAGCCGGAACCCCAAACCGAUCGAUUGUGUCGACGGCAUGUCGAAGCGUGAGAUCCACGCGGUGAGGAGGCAAGAGGCGAGGAAGAAGCGAGAGGCGAAGCAACAACAGAGAAGGGGCUUGUGCAGAGCGAGAAACGGCGGAGAAUCCCUAAACGGCGUCGUUUCCGUCUCUGCCUCCGGCGCCGAACGAGACGGCAAGAGGAUGAAGACGGAAUGUAACGGAUCCGUUAACGGCGAGACCAAGUGCGUCGACUUGAAUCUAAGCGUUGAACAGAACCAGAAAACUGCCUUCUCCGGUUCGUACCCGGUCUCUCGGGUUUGGGGCCGGUAUCCGUACAUGGUUCCGAAUCUCACGUUUGCUAACCGUACGAUGGCAGUGAAAGAGAAUAAUGUGGUUAACGGGUCCGGUUCAGAUGGGGUCGAGGAUAACGUCAAGCCGGUUUCAAAUGGGUCACCCGUUUGCAGCUCCUCGGCCGUUUCCGACCCAAAUUACUCUCGCCGUCAAGGCGGUAGCAGUAGCGACUCGGUCCAGACCAAGCCAGAUCAAACUGGGGUUAACAUCGGACCAGGCGAAACAGAACAGAGCGCAGAGAUAUCAAACGGGUCUCUACCAGAGACGAAACAAACUUCAAACACAAGUACACAGACAUCAGUCGGUGCCAGGGAAAACGGUAAACCUCCUAAACCGCCGUCACAUAACGGUAAUGUGAAGAGUAGUCUGCUCCAGCUUGCCCGAAUGCCUUGCGUUACGACGACGGGAAACGGACCGGAAGGGAAGGUCGUUAACGGGUUUUUGCAUCGGUACUCGAAAUCCGAGAUCAGCAUCGUUUGCGUGUGCCACGGGCGGUCUUUCUCGCCCGCGGAAUUCAUCCGACACGCUGGAGGAACCGAAGUUUCGAAUCCGUUAAGACAUAUCACCGUUGUCCCUUCCAGUUUUUGAACAUUCUCGCCAGAAGGGAGUUCGUUUUUGUCGCCGUUUAUCACCCGUUUUUUGUCGUCUUCUUCCUCUGUACAGUUUUUGAGUUCGAAGGAACUCCGCUUCAGCAGGUCUUUUGAGUUUGACGACAUUUUGAACCGAUUUUAUAAAUAUUGUUUUCCUCCUUCUGCUUGCGAAUUGAUAACCGGCAUGUAUAAAUUGUUAUUAAAUGUUUUUGUUUCUAAUGGACCGUCUGCGAACAAAAUGAUCAAACUUUGUUCUUUAUA